AUGGAAUCGAAAUUUGAGUGGGGCCUUGGAAAUUGCAGGUGAGCUCAGUACUUUGUAGGUCGUACAGUAUGACUUGAUAGUAUGUCUUCGGACAAAGUAAUGGUUGUGCUGUGCGAGGUGGUCCUAACUUUUGAAUUCAAGUAUGACCUCGGAAAGGGUGGCCAUUCAAAUUAAAGCGUUUGAGCAGUGCUUUCAUGUGGUACUGUUUAUUGUGCUUCAAGAGGUAGUUUUACUUUUGAGUUUGUGGAUGAAAUCCCAAAGUGUGACCAUUCAACUGAAAGCUUCUGAGCAUUCCCUUCCUGUGUUACUUUUUAUUAUGCUGUACAAGGUGGUUCUAAUUUUUGAGUUUGUUGAUGAAGUCCCUCUCGGGGAGCUUGUCCUUACUUUUUACCUGUGUUUGACACUUCAGACUUGCUGAAUCAUAUUCCCAACUGGUAAAGUAUUACUUAGAUAACACCACAGAUGUGGAUAAACGACUCAACUGGUAAGUUAAGAAAAUCGUUUGGAAAGGUAAGGUAUAAUACCUAUCUGUGAAGUAAACACUCAUCUUUUAGAUAAGUAGACAGUAUGUAUGUUUGAUUCUUUAACUGUCAUUUAGGUUUUUUCUUUUUCUUGCUAUGCUUGAAUGUACCAGGUGUGCAAUGUUAAAGUUCGCUUUAAGUUAAACCGUAGGGCAUUAGUUUUCUUUCACGCACCCAAGAACGCGCGAGUAGCGCGAGGUUCUAUGCUCGACCUCCGACUCUCUUUGUCCGUUAUCAUACUUAUUUUAGAAGUCUGGCCUGAGGACCGUAUACGUACGAAUAAAAGCUAAUAAAGGACUAACGACUGUAUUGCAAUCUAAAGUGUUACUGCUACUUUAAUAAAAAAUGGAGGAAGUAUUACAGAAAAAACCUGUUAUGUCACAGACAAUGAUUUUUAACCAGUAUAUUUGUGUUAAAACCCUGCAACUUGAAAACAUGUCAGAACGUUUUAGAAGACCUGUUUCGGGCAGUUUUCCUGCAGUUUAGACUCGUGGUAAUUCCCACAAAUUAAUAAUAAAAAAUUUUAUUAAUAAUAAAAGGUGAGGUCGUUUGAUUUUUUUCCAUAUAUCAUGAUGUAACUAUUGCGGACAAAGGCCCAGUUCAUAGGUCGUGCUUCUCCCGUGCCGACUGAAUAAGUUCUACAAAAGCACUGCAGAAGCACGACGUAUGAACUGGGCCUAAAUUUAGGCGGAUAAAAGUGAUCUAAAAUGUAUAACCGGUCUGGACAACACCCGUCAAAGGCUUAGUUUGGAAGUAACUGGCUCCAGGUCAUGGUAGUCUGGUUAAAAAAGUUUACAUAACUGUGCAAAGUCGAUUAUCUAUGCCGCAACAUUCUGUUGUAAAAUAUUUGCAACUUUCCCGCGCUACGCAAGUGUUGAUUUCACGUUCAGUGAGCGCUAUUGUUUUUGCAGAUGAAGACGGCCACAGAUUAAAUGCCGGUGGAAGAAUUCUUUUGAAGAAUCAACACGGGGAAAAUAUAACCGCUAAAUACGUCGUCAUUACUGUCCCGCUUACAAUCCUCAAAGACGGGGACAUCACUUUUGUUCCAAAACUUCCCGCUGAUAAAAACAGAGCCAUAAACACGAUCCAGAUGCUUAGAGCGUGGAAAAUUAUUUGUCAAUUCAAACGCCGGUUUUGGCCCGAGAAACUUCAUCAAAUUUACAGUGUACGGGGAUUUUCAAGUGAAAUAUGGAUGUGGUCACGUGGCUCGGCUGUUAAUGACGACAAUUGUCACGUGGUUGUUGGGCUUGAAACUGCUGAGUCUGCGGAACAGAAAAGUAGCCUCAGCGGUCAACAGGUCUUGGAGGGGUUCUUGAGCUAUUUGGAUGAGAUGUUUGGGUAAGAAAAUUUUGUCAUUAUUAAGUGUAACUUAAAAUAUUUUCAUGAAAAGGCCAACAGAUCGUUUAACAUGGAGACAAAGCGGCAAUAAACAGUGGCACUCAACGAAAACAUCAGUUAUCGUUGCAUCGUACAGCCCAAUGUAACGUAUUAUAGACGUUUAGUUCACAAAGCUCAACGUCCUCAUCUCAUUAUUUCACUACACAAGUUAUAUUUGUCAUUACUGAUUUGGCCUGGCAGUAUGCAAGACGCGUGUAACAUAAUCCUCCGAAGCAGCCUAGCUCCUCAAGUCUCUUCGUACCUAAGUACGCCCCUUGGGUAUUUGGGACCCAGGGGAUUUAGAGAUAUGAAACGGCAAACUGAUCCUUACGGUAAGGCGAUGAACAAGUAAACAAAAGAAUAAAACAAAAAAUAUAUAUUUACACAAAUUGCCCAAUAUUUCGGUUUGAAAACAAACCUUCUUCAGGGGCUAAAAGAAAAAUGAAAAUAUAAAAGGUUGGUUUUCAAACCGAAAUAUUGGGCAAUUUGUUUAAACAUACAUUUUUUUUGUGUUAUUCUUUUGUUUAAUUGUACUGAUCCAGGUCUACAACUAGGAGAUCUGGCACCCAUCAUUGGUUUGUUGCUGUGGACUUGCUGAUAUUUUAUAUAUUUUGGAUUUAGUGAUGUCAUGGGUCCAGAUUGCAUCCCCGUUGACGUUUUUUUUCUUGUCAACCGGAAUCUCUGGGACUAUCAAUAUGUCUUAUCUUAUUAAUAUUUUAUUUAUUAUUACUAUUAUUACUAUUAUUAUUGUUAUUAAUUUAUUAAUUAACCAUGUUUUUAUUUUUCACAGCACACCCAGCGAUCCUCAUCCCGCAACCGAUUCUUUCCUAGAUUACGUGUAUUUUCAUCGGUCAAAUCAUCUUUUCAUUCGCGGUGGAUACACAUCCCUUACUGCCCAUGUGCACGAUCUUCGUCACUUGUUUGCUAGGCCUGUUGAAGAUCGGUUGUUUUUUGCGGGUUCUAAACUUUAG